AUGCCUCAGCGACGGAGACGGCCUGUCAUGAGUCCGUUUGCGCAGGGAUACACUCCACAAAUGAGAGAGGCCGUGGACCGAAUGCCGAUUCCAAACGAAAUCAAAUGUUGCGUCUGCAAGCGGCGUCGCCCGAAGUCCCUGUACUCGAACAAUCAACUCAGCUAUCUCCGCCAGGCGAUGUUCGAUCAUGGGUACAGCAACCUUCGUGACCAGCAGGUUGCUAAGUGUGGCCCAUGCACGAAUGCUCAGGUUUGUGAGGAGCUGUGUCAUCGUUGCGGUCACUACCGUGCCAUCGACCAAUUCGCUAGAAACCAACGGAAUCGCGAGAAUCCGCUCUGCCAGCCCUGCAUGAACUAUCAGAUGUCCCUCGAUCCUGCCGAUCAACCUCUUGCGAUCAUGGACAAGGUUGUGGUUGAGGAUAAGGGAGAGGAUGAGGAAGACGAGGUCAACUCUGAGUCUGCGGGUGGUUCUGGAUCUGUGGCUUUGUCUGGUUCCGUGGGACACUCUGACUCUGUCAAGCUCUCUGGACCUGCGUGUUGGCUGGAGAGCCUAGAACAGGGCACCGAGCGAGCUCUUGUCCUGCAGAAUGCUUCCACAGAUAGUGAGAAUAAGGAUAACGGGGGCGGCUUUGCAAGAGUCAAGGCGCACCGUGGUCGUCAGGAGCCUGUUCCUGACCCCGAGCCCGCCCCAGGCUGGGCACCGGGUACUCGCAAGGUCAACGAUGGCACUCCUUGGAAAGGAGAAAGGUUUCUCUAA